UUCCGAAGCGUUGCCGGGAUUCCAUUGAUUCGACCUGCUAACCAACAUUCGACCCUCUAGAGCAGUGACAGAGAUGCUUAUACUGUUAGUACCUGCCGCGACUGCGCGGCCUUGGUCUUAACCUUGGCAGUGGUCUUCAGCUUGCUGAAGUAGGUUCGCGAAGUUUAAGCACGACCACAGAGCUGCCAGCGUUAAUAAUCGCUAAACAUGCCGAUAAACUUGACAAAUACGAAAGAAUUGCUCUUUUGCAAGCUCACGGAUUACACCAAUGGCUCAGUAUGUGAGUACUAUUGAAGUGAAGGUUGAAAAAGGCACUUGUUAUCGCAUGCACACAUCUUUAUUUGCUUGGCGCAAGUUUGUACUACGGGUAGCACGUAAUAAAUAGAAAUGCGCUUAAUUAUUUGUGAUGCUGCUGACAAUGUUGCUGAAUGGUCUGCAAAAUAUGUUAUGAAAAGAAUAAAAGAUUUUAAACCAAAUGAAAACCAAUAUUUUGUAAUGGGACUUCCAACUGGAGGGACACCUCUUGGAAUGUAUAAAAAACUUAUUGAGUACUAUAAAGCAGGAAAACUUUCAUUUAAAUAUGUCAAAACAUUUAAUAUGGAUGAGUAUGUUGAUUUACCACGAGAUCAUCCAGAGUCUUAUCAUUAUUACAUGUAUAACGAGUUCUUCAAACACAUAGACAUUGACCCAAAAAAUGUUUAUAUUCUUGAUGGUAAUGCACCUGAUUUAGAAUAUGAAUGCAGUGAAUUUGAACGAAAAAUGAAAGAAGCUGGAGGAGUUGAAUUGUUUAUUGGAGGUAUUGGCCCUGAUGGUCACAUUGCAUUUAAUGAACCAGGAUCAUCACUUUCUUCUAGAACCAGAGUAAAAACAUUAGCUCAAGAUACUUUAGAAGCAAAUGCUCGUUUCUUUGGUAAUGACAUUAACAAAGUACCAAAACAAGCUCUUACUGUUGGAGUUGGCACAGUGAUGGAUGCCAAAGAGGUCAUGAUCUUGAUUACUGGUUCUCACAAGGCUUUUGCUCUUUACAAGGCAAUAGAAGAAGGAAUUAAUCAUAUGUGGACUGUAUCUGCAUUCCAGCAACAUCCUAGAACACUUGUAAUCUGUGAUGAAGAUGCUACCUUAGAACUUCGAGUUAAGACUGUCAAAUAUUUUAAGGCCCUCAGUGUUGUGCAUAGUAAAUUGAUAGAAGAGGACACAGAAUGUACUCUACGUCGUCCUCAGAAAGACGCGUAAUCUGAGCUUAUCGAAAGUGCAUAGUAAACUUGUUGAAGAAGAAAACAAUCAUCGUGAAUGAAGUUUGAACUUGGAAUGAUCUACAUACAGAAAGACAAAAGUAUAGAGUUUGACGAAAAACUUUUAUAAAAAUUUUAUCGUAUCUUUUUAUUAUUGUUAAACGUUAGUUACUUGAAUAAUUUUGAUUUAACAUAUAAAUUUUAAUAAAAUUGCAAGUAAAUGCAAUAUUUUCUUACUGUAAAUGUACAAUUGAUGUAAAUUUUACAAAAUAUAAAUUUAUAUUUCUAU